CAAUCAAUUUAAUAUUAAGUCAAGUUCUGUAACACCUUAACAGUUGUGUUUUUAAAGUGCCAAUGUUUUUUCUAUUAGAUUAUUGAAGAGUGUGUAAGGGAGUAAAAUAAUGGACUUGAAUUAUUAUUUUUUAUUUGUCAGUAACACAAAAGCAGGUCUUUCACUCCCCCUCCUUCCAGUGAAUCCGGGUUAUAGAGACUCCUUUCAGUGGUUAUCCUGACAUUAAAAUACAAUCUAAACCAUUCAGUGGCUCACUAGAAAUGUCUGACACCCAUUGUUUGGAUUUCUGUUCAGGAUUACCCUACUAUCCCACUCACAUUCGGAAGAAGAUUACACCUUUUUCUUUUUCCAUUAACUUUGCAUCCAUUAUUGCAUUUAUAUCUAUUUUUUAAAUGUUUGUCAUCUAGAUCAAAUCACAACAUGUGCAAUAACAAUAAUAUUUCAAAUGUCUUGAUGCUUACUUAUCUCAAUUUAAACACCAUCACUGAUGCUGGACAGACUGGAUUGACUGGAAGUGGAGACUGGGAAACCCUCUACAAUCUUCAUAAAGAGAAUCCAGGACGGAUCUGCCCUAAACCAGUUGAGGCCUGCAGAAGGCAAUGUGAUUUAUAUUUAAGUACUAGCCUUGCCACUAGCAUGGCUACGAAUUCCAAACACUCAAGUGGAUGCAUCCAUUACAUCGGUUUCAGAAGUGACACAACAGCGGGAUUCAUCUGCAAAAGCAAGGACCAAUCCAAGAAGAAGUGUAAUAAUUAUCGUGUUCGUUUCAGCUGCCAUCCCCCUUUCAGUGGCGGAGAGGUUGCAAUGUGCUAGACCAAGUAGUAUGACAGGGACGAUCCCAGUGGAACAGGAGACUGGGACAAUCUGGAGGCAGAAAACCCAGGAGAAAUUUGUGCUUAUCCUCUGUCCAUUGAGGCUGUUACCUGUGGCACAAUGAACCCAGCCAUCAACACACAGGAAACAUUCCAUGCAUAAAUUGCCUUAUAGGGAAAGCAUAUAAAAGUUUACAUGAAGUAGUUUUAAUACCAACAACCCACCAAUCAAUCAUUACUUCUCAACAUUAACACCACUUCCCCAAAGUUUCCAAAUGAUCAAGAUGUACUGCCUGGAGCUACUGCAGUGAAUGGAAACUUUGUCGAUGUACAUUUACAUUAGAUCAAAUGAAAAUUUAAUGAGCCCCAUGAGGAAACUGGCUAAUAGGAACAUAAUGUCUUAAAGUUUUAAACUGAGCAUUACUUUAUUCUUGUGCUAAUAGUUCUGACUAAGAAAACACAGCCUUUGUGUCCUGAGGAGUGAGAAACAUGACUAACACAAUGUAUUGGUUAUAGCUUAUUUAUGAUUCUUUUCUUUUACUGUCAUUGGAUAUUGAACAUUUGAAAAGUCUAAGCCUAACAUUACAAAAUGACAUUGAGAACAAGAUGAGAAUAGAAGGGGCAACUUUGUUUUCAUCUGACGUCAUGUACAGUAUUUCAUGGUUUGUCAUAGUUAAACAAUCAUUUAUGGUAUUAGCAAUGUACCUCAACAAAAAUAAAUUGCUUUCAAUACAAGCUUAUUGCUUGACUUGCUAGCC